CGCACCAGCCCCCACGGCGCACAAAGCGACGGCACCGCGAUGCUAGGCGUCGAGCCCUCGCCACGCUAGCGACCGCGACUGCUGCCACCUCAGCCGAGACAAAAUAUGUGAUAGCAGUGCAUGUGACAACGUAACUGUAGUGUUUCUUUUCACAAUACUUAACUUCCGCUAACAUGUACAAGACGGUGCGGCAUGGCGAGAACAGCCUGCAGUACACCAUUCUGCCGCAAACUGAGGAAGUUCUCAACAACAGCGGUCUUAAAGGCAAAGGCCGUGAUUAUAGCCCCUCGAUCCAUGUUCGACACUCUCGGAAAAGAUCGUCAGUGAAAUAUAUUCUGCUUGUGAUAUUUGGUAUAAUAGUAGCGUUGGCAUUGGCAUCUAUUCCACUUUAUGUUAUGAAUGGAGCCUUGUAUGCUCGCAAGAGCCAACAGAACGUGAUUACGUCUUCGCCUCAUACGCCAGGCGGAAGGGAAAUAGUGAAGUCGCGCAAAAAGGACCUUAAGGAGAUAUCGCCAGAACUGCUUUCAACACUAAUGUCAAAACUUGAAUCGACGUCGGCUACUGUAUCUCCUACCACUGUAACCACGACAGUUGCCACAACUGUAGUUAGUGAAAGAGCAACGACGCCUCCAUGGACUAUGCCCGCUCUAAGGUCAUGGAAAAGCUCGACAUCAUCUACAACAAUUCCUCCUAUUCCGACUGAAGAUAACGAGGAGAUUCCCCUUAUAGGCACUCCCUCUGGUAGCAUUCGUCGUCUCGAUCAGUACAUGUCGAACAAACCAUGGGGGACAAAUAGUAAUAAUGUAAUACCACUAAAACCUACUGUAACGCCUGAACCAACAGUGCGGAAUAUGUAUAGAUACUACUCUCGAUCAUUCGUUCCGUCAGUUAAAACACCAACUGAUCCUCCAAAAGUGUUUGAGGAUGUGCUCAUUACUACGAAAGGUACUACGACGGUUCCCUUUGUGACGACAGAGAUCACUACCACCAGUGACAACGCGAGAAUGAGUGGAUGGAAGGAUACUCUGCUAUCGUUUGAUGACGACGAGACUUUUAAGUCACUGGAAGCGGAUGAGGUAUUCUCCCUUCCGCCGCUGAAGCCGGACACCGCAGCCGACGGCGACGAAGUGACGGUGUCCAAAGCGGGCGACGGUACGUGGUACGGGGCACGGUGGCCUUUCGUGGACACGUCAUCAUACUUUCAAUGGACGGGCUACUCCCCCGGCGACAACCUGCUGCUCCCGCUUCUAGUCGCGGCGCUUUCAUCAAUAGCACUAGUCUUGUUGCUGGCACUAGCCGUGCGCAAAAGGAAGCGCAGCCUCACCGCCUCAGCGAUUGGGCUGACAUCGGACCUGCAGGCAGACGACAACACGAAUCUGCUCACGGCUGAAAACCCAGAGGAUGCCGAGGAGUGAGCUCCGAGUCACCGCGCUUCAAGCUUCUUCGAUCCAUCCUAGAAUGCUUCUGUACAUAUCGUGGGUAAGCACACGAGGGGCUACCGCAAAGAUCGAAAUUUAAAAACAGUAUUGAGCCUCUAGCUUAUACGAGUGAUAGAGGCAAAUAGAUGAACGAACUAAAUGGUUAGCGGUUAUAGCCCAGGGUAUCUGCACUCAACUUCAAGAUUUUUAUGUAGGUAGGAACAUGGAGGACCCAAUGACCCAAAUUAUACAAAAUAUGUCAAAGAUGUUGUCGUACAGCUAAAUAGGGAGCGUGCAUAAACUGUAGGGGGCAGCACAGGGAAGUCAGAUUAUUGGGGCGAGGUGUAAGUGUGAAGUUUAUGCUUCCAAUGUGACCCACAAGAUGGCAGGACCUAUUAUGCACAAGAAAACGUACGAAAACGGUAGAUGACAGCACUUGCUUCCCUAUUGUAAGUGACAUAUAUACUCUGGCCGAGUGCAGUAUCUGUGACGUAUCCAUACAACAGAUGCACACGUAAUAUUAACUACUGUAUAUCAUCUGUGGCACGGCGCAGCUUGCAAGCAAUGUUUCGGAAUUGGAAGUAUGAGGAGAGAUUGUUAAGUCAUAUAAUCAUGCACGGUUGGUAAUCGGACGCAGAAAGGCUGAAACAUUAUUUCAACACCCGCCUCUUCUAUGUUAACACACAGCCAUAGUUAAUGAAAUAGGAAUGUAAGCUGUCCUCGAUUGUACACGAGGCAUUCACGCACCUUGUAAUAAUUUAGCUGCCAUAGAUUUCUUAGAGGAGUAUCCUCUGACGUACAUAACGGUCAUAUUUAAACUUUCAGUGCCUAUUGUUUGUAUAUAAAAUGUACCUACGUUUGGAGGUCUCCGUGCCGGCCGAGGACUUCAUAUUCAGAGAUACGAUAUAAUAUGUAAGUAUAUUUUGUAUUCACAUUAGAUAUUGGACUGUAAAUUAGGUACGCGUCAAAUGCCAAAGUCGCUAACUUAUUUUUUUUACAAAAUAUAAUCUAUAAAUAUUUAUUGAAUGUCAUUUGCCAUCCUAUUAAGAAGUAUUAUUACUAGAUAUAGUAGAAUGAAUACUGAUGAGCUUGCUAGUAACUUUAUUGUACGGGGCUUAUCACAAUUUGUUUGAUUCAUUUAAGAUACCUUCUCUAGUAGCUUAUUUCGUUCCCCUAUAAUAGUGUUUAUAGGACCUAUUUUAGGAGUUAGUAAUUCUCAAUUAUUAUUAAAUGGCUAGGAAGUUUUGGAUUUAUCGGCAUUGAUUAACUUUUGAUUUAAACAAAUUAUAAUGGAUGCUGCCUACUAAUAUUUAACUAAUACAAUUAAGGAACAAAACUACACCCAAUCACCUAAUAUCUAAAGAUUUCCACUCUUGAGCGUAGUACAACUAUUUAUAGGUAAACUAUGUAUAUAACUAUCACACGCACCUAUUCAGUAUUCAACAAAUAUAUGGAAAAUGCAUACAUUCAUAUUGCAUUUACUAUGUAUAUCAUAUCUCUGAAGGUUCGAUUGUAUGACUUGUCAGUAUUAAAAGAACUCUGUGGUAUUACCUUGACGCUAAACAUGCAAUACUUAUUUAUUGGGUACACUAUAUAAAAACUCCGAAAAGUAUUUAUUCUGGAAGCAUCAUUGAGAAAACCAUUUAUUAUAGAAUAAUGUUAAACCCUCUUAUAUUUUCUGCUAAAUUAUCCAUGACAAUAUUUCCCAUUAGCAAAGUGGUUUUUGGAAUCAGAGAGGCAUACUUUAGGAGAAAAGACUUUUCGGAUUUUUUGAGUGUUUCCCUAUAUAUUUUAAUGUAGUCGGAUGGUAGAAUAAGGCGAAAAUAUCAAUCUUGGUGUACCUAAUAAUAUUGUACCGUUUAAACGUCAACUUUAUUAUAUUGAUUUUUCCAACUCUAUUAUUCUCCAAUAAAAUUAUUUUAAAUAUAGACAUAAGACUGAUAUAGGAUUGCGUUUACAUUAUUUUGAUGUUAUUAGAUAUUAGUGAUUCGUUGAAAAAUAUUUUUUAUAACGGCACUAUUUGUUUCAGUUGUUUUUUCAGCAAUGCGUUUUUCGUGUGCUAUUUAAUGUAAAUCUAUUUACAUGUAUGUACUUCAGUGUUAGAAUAUGGGUGUAAGAUCGAGGGGAGACGAGGGGAUUGUGUAGGAUUUAAUAUUUAGAUAUUCAAAUGUGAUACCUGUGUAGUAUCCGACACAAUGUGAUUCCCCUGUAGACGGAACAGUCCAUCGGUCAAGACAAAGGUCCUGUUCAAAACUUUAAACAUAACUCGUUUUAUUGAGAUAACCCAAUAUCAUGAAAUGUGUCAAUAGCAUAUUCAGUAACAAACUCCGCAAUAUCACCAGUUAACACUGAAGGUCUUGAAUAGGGCCCCCGUCUUUUCCUAAAGUAGCCUUAAGUUGUAUAACAUUCUGAAUUUAAUGUAAUGCCAUGGAUCACUAUAUCAAUCAUGCUAGCAAACAUUAUAUCUUGCAAAUGAUCGCACACAAAUGUAUCAAUAGUUGUUAAGUUCAAUUAGCUUUUGUGACGACAUUGUGUUCUGUGAUGCCAUGAGCGUAACUUUUAUAUACGCCGUUGUUUUUACACCCACCAUGUACAUAAGUAAUGAAAUAAACUGUGUUUUCCCACCUCAAAA